GAGCCUGGGAAAGUGGGUUAGUGCUCUGUGUACACAGUCAGCAUCAGCAGCAGAAUCCACAGCCGCUCUGCUCCCAGCCACCAACACUCCGGGAUUGUUGUGGAAUUUAUCCCAUCGGAUACCCCCGUCUGCAAAGACUGCAGGAUCUAUACACCCCCCCAUUGUCCUCCAACCCCCCAGCACCUCCAACAUCCGGGCAGUGGGCUCCAUCCCCGGGCACUGUGCAUUGAUGAGAGUCACACUUUGGGAAUUUACAUGAAGAUAGUUGCCCCCCCCUCCCCCUGAUACCCGCUCUCUGGAAUUGUAAACUGCUGCCAUAAACUGUGGGAUUUAACAAGAGACUUUAAUUUCAUGGUUGAUUUUUUUUCUCUCUCCUGAAUUUAAUCCUUUUGGGUUUUUAUAUUUUGUAGAAUUUUUUAUUUUAUUUUUUGGUGCAAGUUAUUUUUUUUUUCUUCUGUUUUUUUCAAAGUAUUUUUAUUUUUUUGCAUUGUGAUUUGAAUCGUUAAGCGGUAACCAUGGUGUGGAGCUGGCACGCAGACAGGAACCAGUUGCCUCUUCUCCUUCUAAGACUCCUCUGCCUUCUCCCCACAGGGCUGCCUGUCCGCAGCGUGGAUUUUAACCGGAGCACAGACAACAUCACCGUCCGGCAGGGGGAUACAGCCGUCCUCAGAUGUUUCAUAGAAGACAAGAGCUCCAAGGUGGCCUGGUUGAAUCGAUCAGGCAUCAUCUUCGCUGGACAAGACAAGUGGUCCCUGGACCCCAGAGUAGAGCUGGACAAGAGAAGCCACCUGGAAUACAGCCUGCGCAUCCAGAAAGUCGAUGUCUACGAUGAAGGACCCUACACCUGCUCCGUGCAGACACUGCAGCACACCAAGACAACCCAGGUUUACCUGAUCGUUCAAGUGCCACCAAAGAUCUCCAACAUCUCUGCAGACAUCACUGUGAAUGAAGGCAACAACGUGACUCUGAUGUGUAUUGCCAACGGGCGUCCAGACCCAAUCAUCACUUGGAGACAUCUCAACCCAACAGCCAGAGAUUUUGAAGGUGAAGAGGAAUUUCUGGACAUUCUAGGCAUCACCAGAGAACAGUCCGGGAAGUACGAGUGUAAGGCGGCCAAUGAGGUGGCCUCAGCGGAUGUGAAACAAGUCCGGGUCACUGUGAACUACGCUCCCGUCAUCACUGAGUCUAAGAGCAUUGAGGCUAUCAUCGGUAAGCAGGCGUGCCUCCGCUGCGAAGCCGCUGCCGAACCCAAACCCGAUUUCGAGUGGUAUAAGGAUGACACAAGGAUAAACAGCGCCCAGGGCCUGGAUAUAAAGAGUAUGGGAAACCGAUCCACUCUGCUGGUGGCCAAUGUCACUGAGGAACACUAUGGAAACUACACCUGUGUGGCCGCUAACAAGCUGGGAGUCACCAACACCAGCCUAUACCUCUAUAAGCGUGUCAUAGCCACAAAACCUAUCCCCGCCUCAGAGAGAGGCAGCAACGCUCAUUUCAAACAGAAAGGACCCGGGACGGUGAUGGCAGACAACGGAUCCGCUAGCUUGGCUGCUUCCCUCUGGCUAAUGGUGAUUUCCCUCUUCUGCCUAAGCUGCAAAUGUUAAUAAAAUACAUAUAUCCAAGAAAAAAAAAAGAAAAUACAGAAAAAAGUAAUAUGGGAGAGGAGAGAGAGAGAAUGAGAGAGAGACCGGACUGUUUCCUUCACAAGGUGUGUUGCGAAGCACAAGGAAAAAUAUACAUUGGAGAAAAAAACAAAAACAAAAAAGAACAAAAAACAAAAACAAAAAAUGAAGACCAGAAAAUCUCUACGAGAAACCUAAACACCAUGCCAGAUGAAGGGACUGAUUUCUGUGUAAAGAACCAAUUAAUGCUGAGAACAUUGAAUUGUUGUAAAAAAAAAAUCUGUUUUUAAUUUUCCUGUCCUUUUAUUUUUUUCUUUCUUUCUUUUGUUGGUUUGAUAUUCUUUCCAUGUAACCGUCUAACUCUGGUGUUCCAGCCUCUCUCUCGCUCAUUCCCGAUGGACUCUAAAUGAUAAGAUUAACCCUGGUUUUCUGGUGUCUCUCGGCCUGUUGGCCGUAGGAACCAUCUUGAGAUCUUCCUACUGCAAACAGGUUUUUUAGCAUCCACUCGACAAUGUGGUCAGUAGAUGGCACCAUGGGAGGACACUCGUCUUACUCAUACGACCUCACUACCUAUAGAAUGUGCUGGUAGCCAUCUCAUUGGGUCUUCAGAUCUGUUUUGUAGACAAUUAGGGUCUCGAGCUAAUGACCCUGCAACGUACAUGACACAGAAUCAUUAUGAAGAUAGGAAAUAUAUAUUAGUUUUGUAAAUGAAAUCAUUCUUGAGGUCUUUCGCUAGACUGUGAUGAAUUUUGGUGUCUUCCAUGUGACAUCUACAUUUGCCAUAAGUUGAGUGAGAGGUAAUUACUUCUUUAAGCCCUUUGCCUCUACAUGCAAAAUAAAUGGCACAAUAUGUUACAAUUUGUCCCCAGGAGCCUGCGAUGUCACGUUGGGUUUAACGCCCAAUGGUUUAACCCAUUCCCUUUCUCUGUUUUAAAGACCGACUAGGAUUUUUCUAGGUAUGAUCAAUGUACACCAGCACACCCGCAAAAACAACAACAACAAUAAAUAUAAUUUAAAGGGGCAAAGGGUUUAAAAAAAAAUUCUGGGCUCAAAUCUUACAGGGACCGCUUUCCUUGCCUGCUUAUCGUGUGUGCGUGUGUGAGUGCGUGCAACGCUUGCCGUAGGGACUAACACAUAUCAAAACAAACAGGGUUUCGUUCAUAGAGAGUCAGUUGCUGCAAUGUUAAAUCCAUUUUUUUUUUUGCAUGAUAGGGUGAAGAGCCUAUAGGCGUUGGGAGAGCAUCAGACUAAUAGCCAUAGGGUAUAAGUUGUACAAUAAUCGCUCUCUAUCCCACCAGAGUGCUUUAUUAAUGAACCAUAAGUGUAGCCCUCACUGCAGAUCAAUGACAGCUUUGGACCCAUGUGCCACAAGAUCACAUUUUGAUGGGGAAAGAAAAAUGCUUAAAUAUAUAGAUUUCAGGACUACGGACAGGUCCAUGAGGUACAGAUAACAAGUUGGUUUUACAGGGUUUGACGUUCAAAAAUAUUUUUCAUACCUCAUCGUAUAUAUAACACCUGUAGUGUCCUACAAACAAAAUAUGAGUUUGCAGUUGGUUUGCUUUGCAUUUUGGAACUGAGGUGAUAAUGUAUUAUAUAUAUAUGACAUAUUGAAACGUGUCUAAUCAGACCGCAGUGCCGUAUUGAGCGUGUAUUUGGUUGGAUUGGAGUAUUUUGAAGGAAUUCUUUGUCUGUUUACCUUGACUUUUCUGUCUCUAUUCAGUUAUAGACUAUGGAUGGAUUUUUUGCCCCACAAAACCAAUAAACAAUCAUAUAACAAUAAAUAGAAUAAUUUCCUCAGUAUUUGUCUCCCACCUGGUUAGCAAGAGAGAUAUAGCACUCACUGCUGAUAAUUAUAAUAUAUGAAUAACCAACUCCUGUUUGGGAGAUGUGAUGUCUGGCGCAUAGCACUGAAAUAGCAACGUCAAUGCUCUUUACCUGGUAGCUACACACAGAAUGCGACAACCCAACGCUAAAAAAAGUCACACUUAUAUAUACAUAUUAUUUCACCUAAAGAAGAAUUGUCAUUUUUUAUUUCCAAGACAUCACUUAGGCUUCAAAGGUGCAGGUGCAUGUUUUUUUGUACGUGCUUCUGACUUAAUAUGUCAAUGGCUUGAUUCACCGUGGAACGCUGCACUUUGUAUUAGCUGGUAGAGCAAUCUUUAGGUUAACAGUCACAGAGUUUUAUUACCACACUCGAUCCUAAGCACCAGUUACUGCCGGAACGUCACAAAUUGGGCACACGCGUAGUAUCUAUAUAGCCUGUUAUCUUCACGGUGCAUGGAGAAAUAUUUAUUUGACUGCAUAGGGGUGAUCUUCGGAGUCAUAAAUAUCUGCUGCGUUGUGGAACUAUCAUCCAAUAUAGUUACUGUCAGCUCUGUAAUAUGCUAGCCAGGAAACCCAGGCAGUGGUUGCACCAUCUUUUGGAUGCGGAGCCUUUAUUAAAAGGACAUUAUAUUGUUAUUAUAUUAUGCUUUUUAAAUCGUUUUCUCUUCUGGCUGAGUGAAGUAACCGCUCCGCCAGGUCUGAGCAGUGCUGUGCGGAAACAGUUCUUUUUUGGUAAAGAAGUUUUGUACCAUUUUCCAGAUUAAAUCUAGUCACAGGUUGCUGCGAGCACUUUAGAGCCUUUUGCCAUAGUUGCAUCUGAGGCUUUAUGCUUUAUGCCCUGGUAUGCAAGUAUGAGUCUGAAUGUGCAAGUACUGAGACAGCCACUGUGAGCACCUGCAAACGCUGUAAUACCACUUGGUGUCGCUCUCAUCAUCAAAACUUGCCACCUCCCGGUCACCGCCCAGGAACGUUCCGCACUUUUCCAGUAAAUUCCUGAGACUGGGCAUACACCUCUGUGUAUAUACAGUAUACAGUGUGACGCAUGUGCCGUUGGAGGUUUUAGGUUAUUUCACAUACACGCAGUAGCAAAACAAUCGCUAAACUCUGUACAGAAUGAUCGAUGCUUGUAUAACACACAGAAGAGUUAUGAAAAUAAUACAAUAUAUAAGUAACCCUUUUUAUGGGAUAUUGCACCCUCUACUGUUAAUUAUAUGGAUAUUGCAAGUUACCAAGUAGCGAUCAUAUAAAGACCACAAACCGAGCGCCUUUAUACAGGUCAGAGUACGCUGACAUUUAUAGUAAGUGCAGUGUUAUUCCUUAUCCUACACCAGUUUUCCUAAUGACUGUUUCUGCAAUGACUUGAGAACUAACCGGUUAUUACCAGUCACAUCAGAACUCACCUUUAUACAGAUAUUAAACAUUAGCAUCACUUAUUAUAUACUGUCCUUUAAUAUAAUGUUACAGUAUAUUAUUUGUAAAACUGAGAGGGAUAAACCUGGGGGCAAUUUUGUUCUGUACAUUAUCUGGAUAACAUUGCUGUAAUAUUUGCCACUGUAACAUUCAUCCAGCACUGAGGGUUGGGGGUGUUAUAGAGACUGCCAAAUGUGUAUUCUGAAUAUAAUUUCUAUAUAAUCUGAUACAUGAGUGAUGCUUACUCUGCAGUAAAUGGUAUUGUUUAAUUCUAAGACUAGUGAUGUCAUUGAUUGCAAUCAUUCAGCGCUAGCAUCAGGGCGGAGGAUUGAUCUGCACCAAACACACAAACCAAACAGGGGCCCGAGGUGGCACUUGUGCAUCAAACCCACCCACUGGUCACUGGCCACUCAUUGCCUUCUUUUGUGACAUCCCCUAAUGAUAUUCCAGGUGCUGAGGUCCAAGUAGAAGGUUCAGGGGGUGUCUCCUGCUUACUUGAACGAGUGCAGGGUAUUUGUGUGCGGUCUGCUAUGUACUAUUGGGGGAAGUCGGGGAGAGGUUACUUAGGGGUGUCUCUUUAAACCAUAAAUCCUAGGGGGCAUCAGCGACAAGAUUAUCACCUGAGGAGGAUCAGCCAAGUUACAGUAUAUGCACCGUGCGGGCCUUCUGGUGGGAAAAAAAGAUUUAACAUUCAGUGUUGGUGCACAUUUUGGACCUGAUGACAUUGUUGGUAAAUAAGAUGUUGUGUUGCAAGCUGUCACUAGACUAACAAGUCCAUUACAGCUCAUGGCUGAGAUUAUAGAGAGCAUUGGUCACUGUAGGGAGUACUGAUACAGGAGAUACAGUAUAAGUGGGAAUAAUAAGGGCCUUCGAGCCCUACAGUUAGACUCUUUUACAAAGCUGCCAUAAUUUACAUUGAAUUUACUACAGUAUUGUUUAUAAAUCAAAUAGAUCUGGAAUAAACCAUUAAGUCAGGGGCAAUUCACAGACAUUUGGGUCUAUUUACUAAGCCUUGGAGAGAGAUAAAGCGGAGAGAGAUAAAGUACCAGCCAACCAGCUCCUAACUGCCAUAUUACAGGCUGAAUUUGAAAAAUGACAGGAGCUGGUUGGUUGGUACUUUAUCUCUCUCCAAGGCUUAGUAGUUUAGAAAUCAAUAUUAUAUUAUAAGUUUGGGGUGAGCGGACCGGGUUAUGUGUAUACAACAGAUUACAGGGCCUGAGGACUCUGGGGCUAUGAAUUCUAGAGGAGCGUUGCAAUAUAGAUCUAUGGGACCUGUCAUGGACUACCACACGAAUGAUGUGAUAUAGGAGUCGACAACCAGGGGGCUAUGAUUAUUAGACUAGACUGAGGUUUUCGGCCUGAUUCUGAGUGGCAAAUUCAAGUGUGACCGCGUCUAUAGAUGUUUUGCAUACUGCGCAUGCAUCACGGGCUGUAUAUGACAGGUCCAGAGUCGCCCACAUCUGAACCGUUUCUCUGCAGCCGCAUGUCUGAGUGCAACUAGGCGGAAACCAAUGCAAAUGCACGCAACAGGAUCCGUUUUAUGGGUGUGCCGGGGUGUUGUGUGGGUGCAGCAGAGACACCUAUAAUUCUGAGUGGUGCUUGUGCAUUGUGGGCACCAAAUUAGUCGCAUCGCCUGCACCUACAGAAGCAAGGGUUAGGUGUAAGUGCCAAUGAUAAUGAUGACAGCUACUCUUGCGGAUGGAAGAACGUGGCGAUGCGAUCGCCUAGGUACCCACGGCUCUGUACGUGCGCAGAGUCACAGUAGCAUUCCCGCUCUCAGCUGGCAUGUGGAAUUGUGUUCCCAUUAGGUGCGACCCACAAUCCGUGGAUGGACGGGACCCCGCAAGUAAUGAGGGUUAGGGGGUGGCAUGGAGCGGAGAUUCUCGUCAGCAGGUUGUAGAGCUGGAACCAUUUGUGAUGACUUGUAACGGUUCAUAUCUUGGUCAGGUACAUUUAUAGAUGUAUAGAGAUGUUGCAGUGUAAUGAGGCCCCGGGAGUAUAAUACUGCAGUCAGCUUAUGGCAGCGGCAGAGAACACGGAGUAGAAAACGUCUGGAGAACAAGGAUACAUUGUUUCCUGCUCUCAGGAACGGUUAUAAUCAAAGUGCCACAUUGAAUGGAUAAUAAGGACGUUGUACUGUAGGGGCGGGAGAGGGUUAUAUAAAUCUAGGCUAUAAUUUGCGCUGCGUGGGUGAAAUUUACAACCUUACUAUAUCCUCACACCAUCACAUGGCAGCGACGUCCUGUAUACUGUAUCAUUACACCACAGCACAGAAGCAGACAUGUAUAGCGGUGUAAUACGGAGUGAUUUAUGUGCACAUAUUGGAGACGCAGAUGGUAAAAGACUAUGGGGUCUAUUUAUCAAUGAUCGCAUACUCAAUGUCAUCUGGGCGCGAUAUAAGUUGCCAGACUGGCAUUGCAGCAUGCGCUAUCACGCCCGGAUGUAACAAUCUCCACCCGCAGCGACAGGAUCUCCGAAAGCAGCCCGCCCCUGCGAUGUGCUCAGAGUGGUUGCAGUAUGAAUGUGCAUGGGGCCCAUUGCCGGUAGAAGGUUACGGAGGGGCCCUCUGCCGGUUACUUUCGUGAUCUGUAGCCCUUAGGCUACAAUGGGUUAAUGCCAUCUUCAGAUAGCAUCAGCUUUGGGGGCCGAGCUCGAAUUCUGGGGGUCAUUCCGAGUUGUUCGCUCGUUGCCGAUUUUCGCUAUGCUGCGAUUUGUUGCAAACUGCGCAUGCGCAAGGCACGUAGGGCGCAUGCGCUUAGUUAUUUAACUAAAAACUUAGCAGAUUUGCUGUGGAUUCUGCGGCGCAUUUCAGUCGCACUGCUGUUCGUUAAAUGAUUGACAGGAAAGGGGCGUUUCUGAGUGGUAACUCAGCGUUUUCCCGGCGUUUGCAAAAAAAUGCAGGCGUGUCAGGGAAAAACGCGGGAGUGGCUGGAGAAACUGGGGAGUGGCUGGCCGAACGCAGGGCGUGUUUGUGACGUCAAACCAGGAACUAAACGGACUGAGCUGAUCGCAAUCUGUGAGUAGGUCUGGAGCUACUCAGAAACUGCAGGGAAUUAUUUAGUAGCAGUUCUGCUAAUCUUUCGUUCGCUAUUCUGCUAAACUAAGAUACACUCCCAGAGGGCGGCGGCCUAGCGUGUGCAAUGCUGCUAAAAGCAGCUAGCGAGCGAACAACUCAGAAUGAGGGCCAAUGUUCCCUGAUAAAUCUCCUCAGAGACAGCUAUGGGGCUGAGGCGGCUGUCCGAAAUGCACGGAUCGCAGCAGAUAUCGGACACGUCUGCUGCUCUCCCUACUUCGUAUGUGGGGGUGACGCCUCCUGAAAAUGACUGUUUUCUAGGAAUACAUAAUGAUAAAUGGGCCGCUAUGACGCUGCACUGUCGAUCUGUCCCAUCUGUAAUCAGUGGUUCCUAUCUGUAAUCACUCAGUCGCUGGUUCCCAUCUGUAAUCUGUGUCAUUGCUACACGUGCCUUAUAUAUAUAGAGAGAGAGAGAAAUGAGCAAAUGUUCCGCGUCAUAUUCAACUCAAUCCACAUUUGGCCGGAAAUAUUUGCACAGGAUUUGGCCUUCAGUGGUACCAGCCCACCUCCAGCCGCACCACCCAGCAGCCGUAACCCCAGCUGCAUACUGUACGUAUAUAUUCUGCCUGUACUGUACACUGUAAACGCCUUAUAAUUCCCUAUGAAUUCAACAAUACCAGAAAAAAACAGCUGGCGCAGUUUGGUGAGACACUUGCGGAACAUGAAGAGUGUAGAACCGCAUUACCAGAAUUCGGGGACUCUUGUAAUGUCCCGUUCCGCUGAUUGGCAUGAAGUACAUGUUUAUCUACAUGUGGGCUUGGCUUGUUUGAAUGGGAGAGGACACGUGACUCUGUAUCCUGUAUAUAACUAAAGAUUCAUUGGCAGAUACAGAAUAUCACGCUAUGGCUGAUUACUUGCACCGAGUAACUUACAGACGUCUUAGUAUCACCUUUGUAAAGUCAUUUGCUACUCUACAUGGAUUUAUAAGGAAAACAGAAACUAGUAGCAGCAAUGGAUUAUGGGAAAAUGAGCGUUGACAAUUCUUAUUAUUGCUCAGAUGUCCUCUAAGAUUUCUCUUUAGACCUAAAGUCUCCUGACCCUCAAAUAAGACUUUUGUAGCCCCAGACUGCUGUUUCCCAUAGAAACUCAUCAAGUUCUUCCAUUAUCACCGCAGGGUUUCGCAAAUUAAAGCUAAUAUUACAUUUACCAUACCUCCCGCGCGUGGGACAGCUGGAAUCGGGACUGUUGCAUAGUUGCCUACUCUCCCGGAAUGGCCGGGAGGCUCCCGAAAAUCGGGUGACCCUCCCGGCCCCCUGGAAGAGCAGGUAAGUCUUCCGAUUUCAGGGGUCCCCUCGGUCCGGGGCAGGCGAUGACGCGAUUCUUGUUGAAUUGCAUCAUCAUAGCCACGCCCCCUGCUGUAUAAUGCCGGUAAUAGCGGCAUUACACAGCGGGGGGCGUGGCUUACAUGAUGCGAUCCCGCAGCCAUGCCCCCGUCCAGCCUCUGGCCCGACCCCCUCUGCACGUUACGUCACUGCCCCCCCCCCCCCCCCCCCCCUGUUGAGCCGACCUGGCUGCUCUAACCCCGGAGAUAGCAGCCGAAAAGUCGGCAAGUAUGGACUGUUGGGAGGUAUGCAUUUACUGCAGUGGGCUAGAUAUUGCACGGCUACAAGACAUCCCAAAGGAGUGUAAAAAACAGGAAAUGUGAGACUUUAAUGGCUAGUAAUCUGCACUGUUUACCCAGAUGCCAACCAAUUGUACAAGAUAGGAAGGAAGAAAGGGGAGUGGUCAUGGUUGUCGAAGGACGGCCCACCUGUGGUCAGUGAACUACAAGAUGGUCUGUAGAAACUGCCAUUCUGCAUUUAUCUAACACAAUCUACAGUAUGCAUCAUAUAUAGAGAGAGGGUUAAUAGUAGGACUGUGUGGGGUGAACAGGAGACAGCUGGGUGAUUUGUCUCUCUAAAUACUCAAUGACAUUAAAAAAAAAAAGAAAAGCAAUUUUGCUUACUAAUAGUCCUCAGCAACCAGAAAAUCAUUCUUCCCGUCCCAUCCCAUCUUAUGGCUGUAAUUUAUUAUUUCAGUGUAUCUGCGGUUCCCACACUUUAUGAAUUGAAUGAAUCAAUAGUAAUGGAACCACUACGACCGUAUUACAGCCAGAAGAGCUGCUGAGGUGUAAUUGGAUUUCUCAUAGGUUGCAAAACAUUAUCUUUUAUGGAAACUGCAUUAUAAUUGUUCUGCGCAGACUGGAUGAGUGUUCUGCCUCGCACGGCCCCGUCUCACGCUGCGAUUCCACCUCUGCAGUGUGAGUCACAUGCACCCCCAGACGGUAACUCAUAUAUGCACCAGCCAAUCAGCUCCUAACUGCCAUGUUACAGACUGUUUGAAAAAUGACAGUUAGGAGCUGAUUGACUGGUGCAAUUUAUCACUCACAGUGAAAUGUAUCACUCAUUGAUAAAUAAGGGCAUAAAUAUAGCGCAGUCGCCAUCAUCAACUCUCCAAAUUGCGUCAAGUUUUUCUCUUUUAGAGUAGACUUUACGGAAUUGCUGCUGUAUAUCGAGAGCAUUUGAAAAUAGUGAGAAUAUAUUAUAUUUAUAUCACCCAGGCCAAUAAGAAACUAUAUUUUAUAGGUGGUAAUGAUUUAUCGAUUUUUGACAUCUUCAAAAUACUGUAUCACUUUGCAAGUAUAAAAAACAACAAGCAGUACAUCAAUAAUAAUAAUAAUAAUAAUAAUAAUAAGAAGAAGAUAAAUAUAUACAGGAGCAACCGUUGGAGCAGAGUUUAUUGCAGCAAGUGCUAUUGUUUAGCCCGGAAUAUGUUUGCCUAUUUGAUUAUCUCCGGCUAUAACCAGAGACCAGUCACAAAAUUCCCAGCGUGAUCCUUAUUCGCGAUCCACCAUUCAUUGCAGCAUAUUCUGCUCCAUCUGCGCUUGUAUAUGGAAGCUUCACCAGUGUUACUGACAGGUAAUUUGCUUUGAAGAUUAAUUAACAAAAAACAUGAUGUUGGAUGUUCUAUAAGGCGCUGGGUCAGAUUCUAUGGGGAAUAAAUGGAGAGUUACAGAUAUUAUACAAGUAUAAUGAUAAUGGGACUACACGUGGGCACAUUGAUCACCUAACCCUGGCGAUCAGAUCUGAACUGCGCAUGCGUAUGCACCGCUUUGCGCCGGGAUGGUGCGAAAAUUCCGAACGCACGGGCGAUCGCAAGGUGACUGACAGGAAGAGGCCGUUUGUUGGUGGCAACUGACCGUUUUCCAGGAGUGUCUAUAAAAACGCAGGCGUGCUCAGGCGUUUUCAGGGAGGGUGUCUGACGUCAGCUCCGGCCCCGAUCAGCAGGAAACAAUCGCGGCGGCUGAGUAAGUCCUGGGCUGCGCAGAGACUGCACUGAUUUUUGUGCAGCUCUGCUAACGAAGCGAUCACACCCCUGCACAACGAUUUCACCCUCCCCCUGUGGGCGGCGACUAUCUGAUCGCAGGGCAGCAAAAAACGCACCCUAGCGAUCAUAUCUGAAUGACCCCCUCAGUCCCAAAAUCACCUAUUAGGGCACAACAUGAUAUUCUACUGCUCAAAAAGAAGCACCGGCUGCAGUGUUUGUACGAGUGCUGCACCAAAUCCCCCCCAUAUAAUUUCCUGCUGUGCUUAUUUUUUCUAUGUCCCCUAUAAACCGACCACGUCCUCCCUGUAUCAUGUGCUCUAUAAUGGAAUAUUACUCAGCCCUGUACAGCGAUUCACCUGUAGAUAUAAAAGCCAUUUGUUCUUCAGUAGAUGAUGAAAUAUUGUAGAAGCCCCAGACAGGGAAAGCCACUCCAUAGGGAGACCGCAGUGUGUCUGUUAAUCAAUAUUCAAUAAUCACCUGACCUGAUAUUAUUUUUAGAACUUGUUUCAUAUAAUGAUGGUGCUAAACAUGGAACACAUACUGGUUUCUAUUCGCUGUCGUUGUGUCUCGUUCACAUUAUGCAAAAUGCUUGAACGUUAGUGUAACCUAUGAUUGUGUGUGUGCGUGUCGCACAAUUCCAGAUAGCAGACAACAAUGAUGUAUUAAACCAACCCAGAAGAUCGUCUUGUCAAAUUACUUUUUUGUAAAGGUCUGUUUUUUGCCCACUGAAAUCUUAUAUGGAACAGGGCCGUUCUCUAAAAGCGGCACAAAAAUUUAGAAAUUUCUAUAUAUACAGUAUAUGUGUGUGUGUGUGUGUGUGUGUGUGUGUGUGUGAGAGAGAGUGUGUGCAAAAAUACACAGGCAAUGUGUCAGAAGACUCUGACACUUGGCCGUAUGCUGAGCUCUCUCGACCUCUCUUUCCUCUGUCUUUGGUCACGGCCAACCCAACAGGAAGAGCAUCAGAACUUUCGAUGGGCACCAGAUUAAUCAGCGUAUUUUGUUAACUGAAAAACAAAAAAUGUAAAAAAAAAUUCUUAACAUAAAAUCACUUUAAUGUACAAAUAAUAAAAUCCUAUCACUACUAUAUACCCCCAGCAACAACUACCGUGGCUAUCUGAAUGUAUAUAGUACUUUCCAGACUUACGAAUGCUUGCGCUAUGUUUGAAUGAUUUUCCACGCAACAACGUGUAAGACGCAAAAAAAAACAAAAAAACAGGUCACCCCAUUGCUCCGGGGAGAAGGAGAGAAUCACAUAAUUCUAUAAGAAAUAUUAAAUCACUACAAACUGAUGACAGAAUUGAGGAGUGAGGCAUGCUAUACCUCAUACCUCAGUUAUGUCACUCACUUCUAUUGGAGAGUUGGGCUAAAUAUUGUUUGAGCCCCUCCCAAAAAAUUGCUACUUGUGUUGUAUGUAAGCCAUGGGUCCACUUUAAAGGAGUUGUUCUGCUGCUUUGAAAAAUGUGUGGAAGGGCUGUCCCAAUGGAUUAUUACAAUGCUGUCAGGUCUGAAAAAAAUCUAUAUAUUCAGUCACAGAUUAAGCCACAUUGUUUUGGCAAUUAAACAUCUAGUGUUGGCUAAAUGCGUUACACAACAAAGUCAACAGUGACACCUGCAGGCUGCAUGGUGGUACUGCACUUUUAAAAAGCUAAAAAAUACUUUUGAGGAGAAAAAUAUAAAAACUUAUUGAAAUGUUGUUUCUAGGACAUUUUUCUCUGUGUAAAUAUAGUCACAGGCUCAUGGGGUGAUACUAUACCUUUUAGGACAGUACAAUGAUAACAGAGUGGACCUGAGUGUGAUAACCAGUAUUGCCUGAUGCAUUGUGUUACGUUUUCAUCGUCCGGCUGUUUGGGAGUGAGUGUGUUGCAGUGGAUUUUUCUGGUUUUCUUUAUAGUGUUAGGGAACACGACCUUCAGUGCAUAAAAGUACAUGAAUGUGAGUUUGAAAAUAUGUAGCCGUUUGGCGUUGCCGACCAACGUUAUCUUUAAAUAUACAAUUUAGCAACUCGUUGCCCACAGUAAGGUUUUCUGGGCGAAAUUUACAGACAUGAGAGAUACAACUGCAUUUUCCUUAGAAUAAACACAUUUCACGCAACAUUUACUGUCAUAUUGACAAACACUGGUGUUACCGUAGUAGCCAUCAAAAUGCAGAAUUUGACCCUAGGGGGGUAUUUAUCAAAGCUUGGAGAGAGAUAAAAUUGUGAGAGAUAAUGCUCCAGCCAAUCAGCUUCUACCUUACGUUUUACAGACUGAUUAGAAAAUGACAGUUAAGAGCUGAUUGGUUGGUACUUUAUGUCUCACAAUUGUAUCUCUCUCCAAGCUUUGAUAAAUACCCUCCUUAUUAGUGUUUACCUGUCACCUGGACACAGUGAAGGCGGCCAUUUUGUGCUCUGAACCAGUAUACAUCUGCAUGCAAACUCAGAGCUAGUGACACAAAAUGGCUACCUAGGUGGGAAGACGGUUCAAUGUAACCUUAUUUUGUGCAUAUGUCUUUUGUUUACAAGAUUAAUGUGGGAUCCAACUUCUCAUCUGACACACUCACAGACACCCACAAAAAUACUCAUUAUUGUGUCAUUAAAAUUUAGGGUUUUCAAAAGAUUGUUUAUUUAUUUUGGAUGCCAUGUCUGUAAAUUGCCCACAUGCCACCCUGUAUCCCCCCCCUAUACCCCCCUUAUUGUUCUUACCGGCUUCAGUUUGGGCAGCACAUGAGGGGCAAGUGACACCCCCAGAAGAGGUGGAUGUCUUAACCCUACAAUGGAUAUUUCUACUACUGUCGUCAUUUUAGUACUGUGUAUAUAAUUUGAUGCUACCCACCGGGGCUUUCAGCAUAUAGUGUGUAUUGUAUGCCGAGACAUUAAAACAAUAUAAUCCUCACCAA